CUGAAGAUGUCCAUUAAAAUGAACUGAUGUCUGAUUUAAAGAGAACACCAGCACUUAUCCCAUAACUGUACUGAGGAGGAUUAAACCCCCAUCCCGUCCACACACACACACACACACAGACCGCUGUAUUGCCGCUUCACCUCCGUGUGGACCUGUAGACCCGGCUCUGACCUCAUUCUCAGCAUGAGACAGAGAGAGAGUGAGAUGAAGGGUUUGAUAUCAUCGGUGGCGUGUCCAGGGACGGCGGCUCAGACUGGGACACGUGCGUUCAUCAGUCUCAGCAGCACGCCGUCCGAGGAGGACGUUUGUUUAGAGUUUUGUUGGGACAAAGUCAGGACAGAGGAUUAGUUUCUUUGAAAAGUGUGUCGCACCUGGACGUUUUCUGGCUGAUUCUUGAACUGUAUUCAGAAGAUCUGUGUGCACUGUAAGUGUGUGCGGGAGGAGCAUGUGGUGCGCUCUGUGCCCGGACAGCUGGAGAGAAUGAUGUUAAAGCUGGUGUCUGACUUCCAGAGGCACUCCAUAUCUGACGACGACUCGGGCUGCGCCUCGGAAGAAUAUGCCUGGGUGCCGCCCGGGAUCAAGCCUGAACAGGUGUAUCAGUACUUCAGCUGUAUUCCAGAGGAAAAGGUUCCAUUCGUCAACAGUCCAGGAGAGCGAUACCGUAUCAAACAGCUUUUACACCAGCUGCCGGCCCAUGACAGCGAGCCUCAGUACUGUAACUCUCUGGGUGAAGAAGAGAAAAAAGAAUUGAGGUUAUUCAGCCAGCAGAGGAAGAGAGAGAAUCUGGGCCGUGGCAUCGUACGACUUUUUCCAGUCACCAUGACCGGAGCCAUCUGUCAACAGUGUGGCAGGCAGAUCUGCGGUGGUGACAUAGCAGUGUUUGCGUCGCGAGCAGGUCACGGCUCCUGCUGGCAUCCUCAGUGCUUCCAGUGCGGUUCCUGUAACGAGCUGCUGGUGGAUCUCAUAUACUUCUAUCAGGACGGACACAUCUACUGCGGCCGGCACCACGCCGAGCGCAUCAAACCCCGCUGCCAGGCCUGCGACGAGAUCAUCUUUGCAGACGAGUGUACGGAGGCUGAGGGCCGGCACUGGCACAUGAAGCACUUCUGUUGUUUUGAGUGUGAGACGGUGCUGGGCGGCCAGCGGUACAUCAUGAGAGAGAGCCGGCCGUACUGCUGCCACUGCUACGAGUCCCUGUACGCCGAAUACUGCGACGCCUGCGGAGAACAUAUCGGUAUAGACCAGGGUCAGAUGACGUACGAGGGCCAGCACUGGCACGCGUCUGAAGAGUGUUUCUCCUGCGCCUGCUGUCGGCUCCCUCUGCUGGGCAGACCCUUCCUGCCUCGCCGCGGACUCAUCUUCUGCUCCCGCUCCUGCUCGCUCGGGGAAGACCCAGACAACUCCGACUCCUGCGAUUCUGCCCUACAGAGCAAACCAGUGUCACACAAGACCAUUCAAAACCCACAGCAUAGUUCCACACCACGGCCACAGGGGGGAAGCAGCGUCACUGUCACCUCUAAAGUGAACACAUGCAGAACUGCAGUCAAAGCAGCCAGUACAACAACAGCCAGCUUUCCACUGGAGAGCAAAGGUGUUCACACCUCUUUCCAUCCUAUGUUGAAUGGCGAGCCUCCACCGUAUGGACCACACUCACAUCUGUCCUCUCAGCUCUGUCCAGCAGCCAAUGACAGGGCAGCAUUAGUUUGCAAGGACCAGUCAAGCAUCAGCACACAGCAAGUGAAUCACCGGCCAGACAGUCUGGAGUUUACCGUGGAGCUGAACGGAUACGCAGAAUUUGGCCCUUUCCCACCAAGCUUCACGUCUAGAGGGACUUCCACUGCAAAGGAUUGUGGGAACAUCAUCGAGAGCAGUUGUUCAGGAAUUUCCUCUCAGCUGGAGUCUUCAGAUGCAUUUGAUGAUCUAAAUGACUCCGACUCCUUCCCGCCUCCUCCGCCCCCGGUUUUCUUUGAUCCGUCUGAUUCCCCGGCGGCUGUCACCGAAGCCGAAGACGUGCCCGCGACACCGGUCCGCAGCAGCACCGCCAGGGUCAGCUUCAGAGAGCCAAUCAGCUGCAGCUAUUCAGUGGAAGAGGAAGAGUGGGAGGAAGAGGAAGUGGUGGAGACGGAGAGAAGAGGGGGUGAGGAUGAGGAGCAGGAGGAAGAUGAAGGAAGUUUGGGACACAGGUUGCACUUCUGCGCUGAAGGACCCUCUCAAAUGGACCUGCUGGAUGGGUCAAACCACCGCAGGUUCCAUCGGGGAAGCGGCGGCCACCAUCCCAGCGAGAAGCGGCUCAGACGCUCCCGAGGUCCACGAAGCGACAGACCUCGCCUGGAAACCCUGGAAUGCAGGGUAGGGGACCGCAGGCGGUCCAACAGCGUCCUGGACGGCAGCCUUACCCUGCACUCCACCCGCUACCGGCACGAAGACUCCUGCUCCACCUGCUCCUCCUCCUCAGACUCAGAGGAGGAAGGCUUCUUUCUGGGCCAGCGCAUUCCUCUGCCGCCGCAGCUGACGGGUGGAGAGAGAGCAGCAGAAGGACAGAGAGAGGACGAGGACAAGAGCCGAAGAGGAAGUUUCAGGAGGAGGACACAGAGUCUUGGUAGAAAAGACAAGGAUAAGGACAAGAACUGCAUACUGUCCUGAGACAAAGACAUGCGUGUUAAAAACUGGAAAUUAAAGAACGCGGUCCCAGCUGCUCAGUGUAGAUCAAAGUUUAUGAGUCACAUUUUGUGUGAUAAAAAUAGAAACUAUCUUACAGUCUUUGCAAAUGUGUGCCAGUAUUUUUAUAAAGGUGAUGAAAUAUUAUCUAAUAUCAGUUUCAGUAUCAUGGUGCUUAGUCAAAUUUACUAGCAUUAUUAUUCGGGCCGAGGAACAUUUUGAAUCCAAGCUUUGUUUGUUACAGGAAAAUUAGAACUACAGUUUCUACAUUUAAUGUGAGAGAGCUAGGUGAGCUGAUUUCAUUUUACAUCUCUUUACAGCUAAAGGCCUGUUUCACACAAAAAUAUUUAGCGCAAAAAAUCACUUCAAUUUUGGCAUGCAGUUCAUUUGAUCAGUAUGGAAGCUUGUUUCCUCCACGUAAUAAAUAAAUAAAAGGUAAAUGCUACUUUUUCCCCCUCAUAAUUCAGACUUUUUUCUCGUAAUUUACAUCUCGCAGUUA